AUCGAUAUGAAAUUGAUUGGCUUAUUGCAUUAGUAUAUGUUCAUAAACUUCGUUUAUUAAGAGGUAUAAAAAUUGUUGGAAAACAUUCACUUAGUUUAAUACCAGUUCUUGAACGUGAUAUUCAAAAAUUAGUCAAUAAUUAUUCAGAUAAUUAUAAUUUUAAUAUUUUAAUCACUUGUGAUGGUACUAGAUAUACAGAAACAAAACGAUUAGAAAGUAUGAAAUAUGCACCCCCAUUCCCACAUCCACAUCCUCAAGUAAAUAAUAGAAAUCGUGUUUUGCUUAAACUCAUUUUUUUGGCUGGAUUUCAGUUCAAUUUUUCGAAAAGUACAAUGAAAAACUUUGAAAUACAUGUAAAUUGACUAAUUUUUCCAUGAUAAUUUCAAAUAUAUUAUUAGUUUUGAUUGAAACAUAUUAAAUAUUAUUUAAAAAUUCAAGAAAUGAUAUUUAAACGAAAAUUAAAUUCUCUUGUUUUAACUCUAGUAUUACCAAGUCUAUUUGAGGGAUAAUAUGAUGACAUAUUUUGAUGGUGUGAUUUUUCAUUAUUAAACCAAUAUUUUUACCUAACUUAUCCUAUUUGACCUUGCAAAGAAAUUAUUAGAAUCAUAAUUUUUCUUUAUUUAGAAUAAGUAAUGCAAAAAAUCCGUUUAGCAGAAUAUUCAUUACAAAUAGAUUCUGAACAUUGAUAAUAUUUAUUUCGAACUUUUUUUGCCUUUAGACAAACAAUCACAAAACGAACAAUAUCGUGUUCGUUAUGGUUGUGUUGUAAAGUUUUCAUUUAAUUCAUCUGACGGUUGUGACCCAUCAUAGGAUAAUCGACAACGGCUAAUACACAUUUUGGAUAUCUUUAUGUAAAAAUAUCGAGGUUUAUUUUUAAGAUUAAUUACGAGCAUUUUAUAGAAUUUUAUAUCUCGUUCAAACAACAAAAAAAUCAUAGAAAGAGAAACAAUCCUUAUUCUAAAUUCGAAGCCUAGUUGAAUAAUCGCAAUCUACGGCAAAAACUUAUUUCGAUUUUCAUGCCAUUCAAACCGCUCGAAAACCGACGGUUCUCCAGCUGAAUUUUUUUUCGUGUCACAAUGGAUCAAUUUUUCUUUACUCUUACAAAAUUGAUAAAUUUUGAUCGAAAUCAUGCCCUGCCUGUAUUAUCGGUGCACCAAAGCCGCCUGUACCAGCUACAUCACUCAUAUUCGCAUAGUUUUCGAGUUUGAGUUUUUACUAAGGAUGGCGCCGUAAAAAAAGCCAUUCACAUUAGACGACUUGACCAGUGGAAAAAUAUGUGAGACCAUCUGAUAGAAUUUACUGUUGCAUGUUUAAGUCGAUUUUUUAAAGUUGGAAUCGACUUUUUCAAGACCAAAAAAUUAAUUUAAUAAUAAAAUAAUAAAAAAAAACGAUAAAUGAAGGAAAAACGAGUCCAAUCGUCGGCUUUGAUAAAAAAUCGACGAUAUGAGUUA